UAUAAGAACAUAACUUUCAUUUUCAAGAGAGUGAGAUUAUUAUUCAAGAACAAAACUAAGUCUAACCCAAACCCAAGAAAAUGAAACAAGUCUAAGGAUUUGUUUGUUUGGACUUUUAUUCUCUAUUGAACUUUUGGAUUUAAUGUUUUUGGACCUGAUUUGUUUGUGGGGUCCAACAGCAGGACAAGAGGAAAAAGUGUCAUAUUUAGUUUAUUAGUAAUUGACCAUGUAUUUUUUACUUUGUUUCUUUAUAAAGUUAGCUUUUGCAUGAUGAUAAGAGCUAAGAACUUGAAGAAUGAUGAGUGCAUCAAAAGCAAUUAAGCUUUGGCUAGUUGAUUUUGCAGAGGUUGAUUUGAAGCUUGUGAAAAGUAAAGUUGAUAAUAGCUUAAGCAAAUAAAAACAGUCACAUCCUUUGCAGGUUGCUCUAUCAUUUGUACUUCUUUAAGGUGAUUUUGCAACACAUCGUUUGUUAUUACUAAUAAAUUUUUAUUAGUUGGACCUGUUUAAACUUGGGUUUUAGACGUUUAACUUUGAUUUAUUAAGUCAAGCUGAGAAUAUUAGGAUUGUUUUUCACUAUAUCAAAUCUAUUUUUAUAAUGGUUAGCAUAAUAUGUGCACAAAGUGCAUUGCCAUGUAUAUAUAUUUUGUCACUAAAUAAUAUUUCCCUCUCUUUUUGACAGAGCAACAUCUAGAUUUGUCAUGACCUUUUUUAUUUUCUAAAUUCCAAACCAUAGUCCAUUCAUUGACACUAGAAAUGAUUAAGAGAAGUUUGUAUGAUGUAUGUUAUAUAUAUAACCUACAAAAUAUAAUUCUGUCGAUGCUAAUUUGUGUUUUUUUUUCUUUCAAUUAUCAUGCAACAAAUGAGUAUCACCAAAGUGCACUAAGAUUUGUGUUUGUCCACAAACAAACUUUUGUCUGUGAGUAAGGUAUGCUAUGGAUAUGAAUGAAUUGGUUUGUAUCUACAUGUAUGGUAUUUUUGAUAGAAUAAAUAGGAAUUUUGUCCUCCGAACUAUGACCCAGGUAGAGUUUUGCCCCUUGAACUUUUUUUUAGACAAAAUUCCCCCUAAACUAUAACAAUCAUAGCAAAUGUACCCCUUUAGCUAUAUUAUGUUCAUUUUUUAAACGGUUUGCCAGUCUGACCACUGACUACAUGUAUAGUUGCAGUAUGAGGGUCUAUUUAACUAACUUAAGCUAGCCGAAACCAAGUUUAUUAACAUUAAACAUACAAACAUGAGCUCUAAGAAUAUCAAUAUAUAUUUUCAGAAUUUAUCAUUAGACUACUAUCUAUGCAUGUAUUUCUUGCCCGGACUGUUGAAUUGUGUUUGAUUAGCGUUAUAUCAGUGUUAAAUCAACAAAAUGUUUUAAAAAAUGAACAAAAUGCAACUAAAGGGAGACAUUUGCAAUGAUUGUUAUAGUUCGGGAGAAUUUUUUUCCAAAACCAAAAAAAAAAGUUUAGAGGGAAAACUCUACAAGGGUCAUAGUUCGGGGGGAAGUAUCCUAUUUAGUCUUUUUGAUAUAGCUAAAGACUUUAGGAUUUCACACCUUAGUUUUGUAUGGAAGAUAAAAAUAACAUAUGUGGAGUGGUGGGAGAUAUGGGGAGUAAUACAGAGAGCACAUUUCAAUUUUUGUUGUUUUAGCCUGACUUUUGAGGGUGAGACAAAGUUCAACUCCCUUUCUUCUCGGAUAUUAUUUCUUAUUCCAAAGGUUUUCCUUCUUCACAACAUGCCAAGAAAAAUCACUCUCAUUUAAAAGAAAAAAAAAUAAUCUCUCUUGUUGACCAUAUUUUCCUCUCAAGUGGAUCGUAAAUUGUUUAUAAUAAAGUCUAUUAAAAGAAGUGCUCAUUUAAUUUUGACAUACUUUGUUGUUUGAACAAAUUUUAAUAAGAUUUCUGUUUUUUUCUUCUUUUAGUUGGUUUCAAAAAUAUCAUAAAAUCGAUGGACAGAGAGGCCUAAUUUAUGACCAUUGACUCUAUCAAUUGCAGGGACCAGGUCCUAUUGAUAACCAUUUGAUAAUGAACUUGUUUGACUCUAAUUUUGUAAUUGCUAGCAGUUGCAUCCAAAUUUUUGGUGAUGUUUUGGUCUACUGUCAUGGCAUCAAAUACCAUGCUUCCUUGUUACUUGUCAUACUAUAGUUAAAUAUGUUAUAAUAGUCUUUUCGUAAUGUUGUCUCUUGACACUUAAAUUUGUCUUGAGAUGACAGUUUUUGUUUAGUAUUUGUUUAUUAAUUUAUGAUUUUGGUUUAGUAACUGUUGAUUCCAAGACGUCUUUUGCAUAUAUUAAAAGCUGUGAUAGCUUAAAUUUCAAACAUGGUUUUCUUUAGGUUUUGAUUUUGUUCUUUUACUGCAGAGCUUUUUAUUAGCAAGACUAGAAUAAGUCAAUGUAGAGAAGAGAACUAGCUUGUGUUUUUCAUACUUCAAUUUCUUGACAAAGAAAAACUCAAAGAGACUGUACAUAAUUGCAGAAACAAGAGAAAAUUGCAAUUCUUUGUUUUCUUUCUUUAUUGCUUGCUUGAGAUAUUUGCAUAAGCUUUUAUCAACUAAGUUCUGCAUUAAUGUGCUAAUGCUUUUAAUUAUUGCUUUUGGUAGUUAAUGAUUUUCGAGGCCAAGAAACAAGUACAUGAGUACUUUGGGCAAUCAAAACGUAUAAGGAAUGGAAUUUGGAGGUAAUAGUCAAAGUAUUGACCAAGUUAAAAAAGGAAAUAGACGUACAUGGACAAAACAAGAAGAAGAUGCACUAAUAGGCGUUCUUGAAGAUGUUGUCGCUAAAGGUUAUCGCUACGAGAAUGGAAGCUUGAAACCUGGCACAACAACUAUAAUAGAGAAGGCUUUAAGCACUACUUUCCCUACAUGUGGAUUGAAAGCAAAUCCUCAUAUAGAGUCAAAAUUGAAAGUGUGGAAGAAACAAUAUAACUUAGUUUAUGAUAUGCUUAGCAAGAGUGGCUUUCAUUGGAAUGAUGUGAAGAAAUGUGUGGAAGUUGAUAGUGAUGAAGUGUGGCAAUCAUAUGUUCAGCACCACAAAGGUGUGCAUGGAUGGAGAGGCAGAUAUUUUCCUCUUUAUGAAAAACUUCUGAACAUAUAUGGUGACCAUGCAACUCCACCUGAUAUGGUUGAAAAAACUAAUCAGAAUCAUAUCCCUGGUGAUACUGACAGAGAGGAAGAGUCACCAUUUUCAGCUAACCAAACAUCAAGCACCAACUCUGCCGUUUCUUCUCGUCGAAAAAGAAAAACGCCGUCUGAUAACAUAAGUGAGAGUUUGGUAAAACUAGCUGAAUCUAUUGACAAAAUGGUGGAGAAGUCAAAUGAACUAGUGGAGAAGAUGAUUGAGAUUACAGUUGAGGGUGCAAAGAAGAAGGAAAACCAUCAACAUAACUUGAUGUGGAAGGAGCUAAUAAGGUUGGAGAUACCUUUGGAUGAUUGCAUUGAUGUGUUGGACAUUCUUGUUGAAAAACCAUGGGCAAUGAAUGUCUUGAGUUCUCUAACUGAUGACAAGAAGUUGAAUUUUGUGACAUCACUAUUGAAGAGAAGAUAAAUUGGAAUAUCCACUACUGGUUAUCUACAGCAACACAAGUGUUACUUUUGUACAAUACAUAAGAACUAACAUUAGUCUUCAUUGAACAAAGUCAAAUGAAGAAGACUUAGACUUGAGGCUAGCUUAAGUCUUGAUCUGUACAGUUACAUCAUAUGAAAUGCAGAAAAAACAAUCUUAUGGGCA